AUGGUUCUCGAAGACGCCUGGAGCGAAAACGCCCCUCCCUCCGACGACGACUCAUACUCGAGCUCCAACAGCGGCAAUGGCAGCGGCGCCCAAUACACGGUAAACACUGCUGGCUUCUCUAGGCCGCUUCCUAUCAUUGGCAAACUGUUUGGCUACAGCGACCAAUUCAUGGCCCAACUGGUCCAAACCAGACUUCAGCACAUGGCCAAGGUGCUCCAACGGCAGCCCGAUAUCGAGGAAGUCACCGCCAUCGCCUUCUGGACAUCAAAGCAGGUCUCUAUCAUGUCAUAUGGGCCAUUCGUUGGAGUAGUUGGAGGAUGUUGGCGGGCUUGGCAGACCGCUGAUACAUUUCGAUUUCCAUUCUUCCAAGCUAAUUUAGAGACGUUUCAAAAGGAAGUGUUCCCACAUACGAACAUGGCGAUAUUGAGGGGGAAUAGGGCAGUUCAGGCAUGGCAUCUUCUUAGGACCUUCUCAUAUGGCGUUUGUGGGAAUUUCUUCUCGACCAUGUUUUUCGGAAGCUAUUCCGUGAGCGUUGCUGCGGUUGGGGAAGCGUCGGAUAAGAGGUUGAAGGCUUAUGUGGAAGCCGUUCGAAAACAAGGACAGCAGAGAGUCGGGAAACUACCCGGGUCGCCAGGUCAGAGGCCACAGGGCCCUCCUGUGCCGGUAGGUGCGCAGGGACAUGAUGAUGCUAGUCCGACGGGUGGCAUGUUUAUGGGAGCAGAGCCAGAAAUCCCGCAAGAAGAGUCACAGUGGAAACCUCCGCCUCAAUCGAGACCUGCUCCAAUUCAGACACAAGCACCAGAACCACAAAGCCAGCCUUUCGAUGUAUUCGGCGAGGACACCCCCACGGCCGCUCAACAAGGUGCAGCCCCUGAUACUCAAGCCUCACAAUCUCAAGGCUCGGCUUGGGAACGGUUAAGACGAGGUCAACAGCCAGGAGGACAGGGUGGUGGGUGGGAUAAUGUACGGAAAACACAAGGGCCGGGGCAGAGCGACUGGUCGAAACAACAGGCUCAGUCACAGAAGGACCAGAAGCAAGGUUCCACUUUUGGAGAAAACUACUCAAUCUCAAAGACGGAUGAGGAUAGGAGUUAUGCGAAAGAAGAGGCGCAGAGAGAAUUUGAUGCUCAAGUUGAGAGAGAGAGGCGGGGUGGGGAUUCUUCUUGGAAUCAGAAAAAGUGGUGA